AAGAGGAAAGGCUACUUAAGCAUUUUCUCGAGUAAUUAAUGCGCUAAUUGCUGGUUUUUGAAAUUGUCUUGACAUUGUUGAAAUCAACCAGGUGGUUGAUUAGGAAAGCGAGGAAGCCUUGAUUGGACAACAUGCAGCGCCAUGUUUUGUCCACGACGCUUGUGGCUGCAAUUGUACUUUUAGCCACUGUGUCGGCUGAGAUUAAAUUGAUCAGAUCAACGGCCACCACGUUGGAAUGGAAUCUGGCCGGAAGUUUGAAACCUGGAAAGAAAUAUACAGCCGAGGUCCUACUAAACUCCGGAACCGGACAAGUCCGGGUGAUAGACGAGCCUCUGGGUGCGAAAGCCAGGACUUACAAAGCUUUCAACCUGAAAUCUAACAAGUUGUAUCAGCUUCGUUUGAAAGUUGUUGCAAGAGGAGCUACAGCUCAAGAUGGGGAAACCAGCAAGCCUAGCUAUACUAAUCUUCGUUGCUAUUCGUGCAAUGGCGCAUCUUCCAUCGACACUUGUACCGAUCUGGUUGAAUGUUCGCCGAACCAGCGACAAUGUUACACGAGACUUCGUUACGGUAGCAGUACAGGACGAAUGUAUCUCUUCAAAGGAUGCAAAGUGACAAAUGAUGUUUGCCAGACCAAUAAGGAGCGAAUGGAACUGAUGAGAAUCGCGAAUGAGAAAGUCGGAGAUUUGUCCAACGAACAAGUUCUAGCUACGAUGCCAGGAUUGAGAUUUUUUGGCAACUUAGAAACACUUUUCAAAAGAUCACCAGCAAUAUUGAAACAGGUCAAAAAGAAAUACAGCACAAACAAGAAGAAGGAGCUAGAGAUUGCUCUAAGAAAGCACUGCAGUUCACGCGACGAUCCAGAUGACUUUUGUCGUUGUUGUUGCUCGGCUGAACGUUGCAAUCAUGCUUUGCUUAACUGCGGUGUUACACCGCCCCCUGAUGAGCGAGAAGACGAACCGCUACCACCAGACAUCGCAACUACAAAGCCCGAGGUUACAUUUCCUACUGUCGUUCCAAAGAAGGUCGCUCCGAUAUGCCAACGUUUCAAUGGCGGAUGUGAUCACACAUGCAUACCGUUGAAUAAGACGACAGUCAGAUGUGAAUGCUUUAAGGAUUAUAAGCUCCAAGAAGACGGGAAAACGUGUAAAACACAUCUAAAACGCGCCAUUGCUGAUGCCGGACCAGAUGUUGAAGUCACUCUCCCUCAAGACAGCGUGACUUUGAGUGGUGAGAAUACUCUGGGCUCAGUGAAGAGAUAUCGGUGGUGGGAUCCUAUUGCAAGCGGAGAGGGAGCAAGUCUGACUGUGUCGGACCCAACCCAGCAAGACAUCUUCAUUACAAACCUUAGACCUGGGACAUACAAGUUUAUUUUGAUGGUGACGGGAAUGGACGGACGAAGAACUUCUGAUAUGACGAUACUGACUGUGAAGCCUAAUCCUAGCUUUGUGAACGCAACAGAAGAAGCGGCGAAGAAACGGCUGAGACCACGAAGACCUCGAGCUAGAGUUGUGGGUCUGAACAGAUACCGAUCUAUUCGCCAUAGAAAAAGAUGGAAGUCAUAUGUGAAAAUUCAUGGCACCAAUGCCACGACAUCAACAACGGCGCCACGCCUUCGAUUUACCACCACAAGAGCACCGUUCAAUAUCAUCCGCGGAAAAAACAGAUUGACGCCACGUAGAACGACAACUACCGCUGCACCCGCUACAACAAGGCCUAAACGUGCAGGAGGUGGAAAACCUGGCGCAGGAAAACGCAAGCCUGUUAAAGGAGCUCGCAAGCCUGUCAAAGGAACUCGCAAGCCUGGCGCAGGAACUAGCAGGCCUGGAGUUCGUAAACCGGGACCAGGAGUGAAAAGACCAGGUGCCGGACAGAGGCAACCAGCAUCGGGAAACAAGGGUGUGCGGAAGCCAUUGGGUGGUGGAAGGAAGCCAACCAAACAACUUCCUCCAAGAGGUCAAGGAGCGGGAAGAGUAGCCAGGCCAAGAUCCGCAGGCAUUGGAGCAAGGGGUGGUAGAAGAGCAGGACUAGCCCGACUUCGUAUGGCAACUCCGAAACCCGCCCGAACUUUGGCACCUACAAAGCGUACUCCAGCCACUCAAACACCAGCGUCGAAAAGUCCAUGGAAGCCAAAAGUACCAGCUAAGCCAAAGGCUCCAGUUAAGCCAAAAAUACCGGUGAAACCAAAGGCACCGGUUAAACCGAAGGUACCGGUAAAACCAAAAAUUCCGGCAAAACCAAAAAAUACGUUGAAACCAAAACGUCCAAUGCGAAGAGUACCGGUUCGUAGACCAGGAAUGGCAAACCGAAAACCAGGGACUUUCAAACGGUUAACCGGACCCAAGUCAAAGAACCAACCCAAACGGUUGGGCCUAAAACAAAGAAAACCUUUCGUACCGAAGAAACCCGGAGCCAAGCCAACCACGACUCCGGCCACUACUUUACCAGUGACGACGACUCCAGCUACCACUGAAACCACUACCACCACGAAAGAACCCGAAAAUGUUUGCCCAAGCCUUGACGAACUUGAAACCCGUCGUGUCGUCUCUAAGUGUUCAAUUGAUGGAAAGAAAUGCGACUUCGAAUGCCCAGUUGAUAUGACUCUACGAGGCGGAUCGGAGUCCGUAACUUGUGGCACAUUCGGAGGAAAGCCAGCAUGGAUGAACGGGCCAUCUCCCGCAGUUUUGCCGUGUUGCGAGCUCUCUUGUCCCGCCAACGCAUAUGCUGAUAUCGUGUUCCUGAUUCAUUCUACUACUCUUACCGGAAGAGCAGGCUGGACAAAUGUGCUGAAUUUUGUUAACUCAAUAGUCAGCAAGUUCACCUUCGGUAAAGAUAACGUUUGUGUAGGAGCAGUCCGGUACAACAACCGCAUCGAUACCAGGUCAGAGAUACCGUUAGAUUGCUCGACUACAAAGGACAAUUUCAAGAAAGCUCUCUUGAGGAUGCCGUUUGUUGGAGUUGGAGCUAACACAGGAGCCGGCUUGAAUCAUCUCAGAACAAAAUCGUUCAAGACACCGAACAACAGACCUCGAGCACAAGAUGUCGCUGUUCUUGUCUCAGAUUCAAGAUCUGCUGAUGACGUCAUCAAACCUGCCAAAGAGUUGAAAGCCUCUGGGGUCAAAAUCCAAGUAAUCGGUAUCAAGACACGAGGAGGAACCCCAAAUACCGCACAAUUGAAGACAAUCGCAAGUUAUUCAGCAAGGAUAUUGAAUCUGCCUCGAAUCCCCAUAACUCCGCCUCCUGGAGUUGUUAAUCAAAUGCAAAAUCUAGUUUGCCCCGAAGGUUGCCAACGUUACGAAGACGAACAAGUUGAACGCGUUGCUUUGCCGAAAACGGCGGAAGGUUGAAUACCUAUGACGUCACCAUGACAAAAAUUUAAAAUGAUGACGUCAGCAUGGCAACAAAUUAAAACUAUGACGUCACAUUGUCAACAUAUUUUUACGUGAUUUUAAAAACGAUAAAUUAACAAACUUUUUUGUCUAUAAAAUUUGAUACGGAAAAGUUUAUGACGUCACGGAGUCAACAAAUGAUAGAUGACAGUGUCCAUAGUUACGACAUAAUUAUAAAUAUUUUCUGCCUUUUAUGACGAUUUUGUUCCUAAUAUAUCAGUUAUAAUUCAAUAAAUAUAACAGCAGAGAUACGUGUUCUAACGUAUUGUUCUUUUUCUUUUCUUGACUAAGGCGGUAUUUCUGGUCAAUUUUCCAGAUUGUAAAAUAAAGUAUAUGUUACGUAAAAAGUCUUUGAGUUGUCCAUUAAACUAACAAAAACCUAGCAAACGUGAAGUUAUAUCUAUCUACGACAGUGCUUUUCAACCUUUUUGGUAUUGUGAGUCUCCUGAUAUAAUUUUUCGUUUUUUAUGGAACCCCAAUUAACAAAAUUAAAAAAAA